GUUGCCCCCUUACUCAGUCACACACUCAGUCGGGUCAGGAUUCAGCCCCCUGUGCCCACCCUUCCAAAGUCCAGUAUCAGGGAUUGCUAGCACCCUCAGUGAGCUGCUCCACGGCAGCCUCUCACCUUUCUGACUCUCUACCUCAAGGAGACAGGCACAACUUGAGACGACCCCCUGAGGGGCCUUCAGGACAGUAAAGAAUUCCCAGAGGCAGCCAUCAUGUCGCAGUUUUCGACCAUGACUACCAGGGAAAGGAAAAUGCAGGCAGCAGCAAUCUGCAGAGAGGUUCAAGGCCAAGAGGAUGCACACAUGGAUCUUGGGAAGAAAGUGAGUGUCCCUAAAGACAUCAUGCUGGAGGAGCUGUCGCUUGCCUCCAACCGGGGAUCCCGUCUCUUCAAAAUGCGGCAGAGACGUUCCGAAAAAUACACCUUUGAGAGCUUUCAGAAUGCAACUAACAACCAACUAAAUAGCCAAACAGUUUCCCAGACAGUGAACGAGUCCACCAGCGGCAGUGGGAACGAUCUGAGUUUGGAGCAGCCGUGCAAAGUGACAUCCAACACACAAGAUACCACAAUGGUGCCAAACCCGGACAGCAUCGCCCCGGGAUAUGGGGGUCCUUUGAAAGACAUCCCUCCAGAGAAGUUCAACUCUACAGCUGUCCCAAAGUCAUACCACUCACCCUGGGAGCAGGCCAUCAUCAAUGACCCUGCUUUGGCUGACACACUUGUCUCUCGUAUGCCUGAGCUGGAGCACCGAACAAACCUACCAGGAUACAAAAGCUUCAACAGGGUGGCAACCCCUUUCGGGGGCUUCAGCAAGGCGCAGAGACCCGAGACCAUCACAGCCCUGCAGGAGGAGUCUGUCCAAGAAAUCCCUGCUCUGCAGGGGGAUUGUUCUCUGAACCGGCCAUCCUUCAAUAGAGUGCCUCUGGGAUGGGUUUCAACCGGUGGCUCAGUCACACUCCCAAAUAUCUCUCUUGAGAUCCCCCUCAUCCCUGAAUCAGAAGACCUUUGAAUCCAAGGAGAAAUGUCACAUGGGAGGUUGAGGAAGUAGCAACUUUAGCCAGGGUUAGUGUGGGCUGCGUUAGAGAAUUUAUUCCUAGAGAAAUGAUUAGAUUGGUAGCAAUCACAGAGCAAGAUGUGAAAUUAUUAUGUAACAUUGUAAAUCAAAAUGUUGUAUAUCAACAUGCACAAGAAUGCUUUUCUUGAAAUAAAGUGAGGCAAAAAUGCAACAGAAGCUUUAUCUUUGGUGUAAUGCUUCGGGCAUUUAUAGUAAGUACUUCUAUCCUGUGGAGUUUUAGUCUUGCAGCCAAUUUCAUAACAUACCCCACUGCUGGAAUGAGCAACACUCAUCCCUCAAAUCAGUUUCUGUGCAUUUCCAUCUCAUUGUGUUGUGUGGGAGGCAGAAGACACAUGUGAGCCAGUGUUGCCUGCCUUGAGGAGUUGCAUCUUGACAAAUCAAAUCUGCUUUGGUGACAUGAGCGACCUGACUGAUGUGUCUUUCACCUUGCGGCGCUGCCCGGUUGCUGGACUGGGAUUCAUGACUGAUUCGCUCAUUGAGCUGUGCACAGACACUCAUCUUCCCCUCUGUUUUAUUACUGCAGGAGUUUCUUCGUGCAAAGCAGACUAGUUUGAAGGUGUGUCCAGGUUGGACAAGGUUGAGGUUGAAGUUCGCAAAUA